AUGCCAAGUCUCUCUCUGUCUGUCUGUCUGUCUGUCUGUCUGUCUGUCUGUCUCUCUCUCUCUCUCUCUUUAUGCAAGUUUCUCCUAUUUCUCGUGUAUCUAUCUAUCUAUCUAUCUAUCUAUCUAUAUGAAUAUCUCAUUUCUACCCCAUCUCUCUCUCUCUCUCUCUCUCUCUCUCUAUCCUUCUAUCUUUCUCAUCUCCACUCCCCAUCUCUCUCUGUUUCGUGUCCCUCCAGAACGCGGGAGACCAAUGCGUUCCACACCCCGACCAACAAGAUACACAAAUACCAUGUCAGAGUCAAGGGGAUUGAUGACAUCCUCCGACACGAAGCGCAGCAUGAGCAAGGGAUGUACAAAAUGGGGGAACUUGUCUGGGUCAGGAACCCGAAUGGCAAAUGCACCACAAAAUUCAAAGUGGGCCGGACGACCGGAGUCAACUGUCUUCAGUCAGUAUAUCUCAUUUCUACCCCAUCUCUCUCUCUCUCUCUCUCUCUCUCUCUCUCUCUCUCUCUAUCCUUCUAUCUUUCUCAUCUCCACUCCCCAUCUCUCUCUGUUUCGUGUCCCUCCAGAACGCGGGAGACCAAUGCGUUCCACAGUUUUGUUAUCACACCACGACUAACCCCCAAAGACCCCAACAUUGGAACAAGCGGAUGA